UAUCUGGAGAUCGAGGGAAAAAAACACUGAUUUAUCCACGGCAACCUUUAACUUUGUCUCUUUCGAAUGCGACAAGCGCAUCGCGUCUAACUGACAUUUUAACGCCUAAAAUGCCUUUUAUAAUGCAUGAUGUGAGAGUGUAGAAAUAACACGAUUGCUUUCGACAUUUUAACGGUAAAUGAAUAAAUAGCACGUUGUUGUGAUGUGUCGGGUUAAAGUUGGACAGGAGCAUAGUGAACACUAAAUGGUGUGUAUUAUUACCUGCUAAUCUGAGCCGCUGAUUAAAGACGUGAUUGGCAGAAUAGUUUAAAAACACGUCUAAAGGAUGUCAGUGGUGCGUUAUUAAUCUUCAGGACUGUGUAGUUGAUUAUAAUAUUCAUCGCAGAGGAACAAAAUGGAUGCCGCUUGGAGCAAUUUUCUCUUCCAGACCACACCCUCCCAGACCCCAGUGGAAGGGAGCCUCCAAUCAGAGCUUCUGACCUCUCCUCAGACCCCGCCCACCGAGCACAUAGCCCCGCCCCCGUCGACAGUGGACACUGCUGCUCUGAAUGAGGAUCCUGUACCUGUGAAGCCGGUGUCCAGACCGGCCCGCGCCGCUCACAUCUGCUCCAUCUGCAGCAAGCAGUUCAAGAACAGCUACAACCUUCGCCGGCAUCAGUCCGUCCACACCGGGAUCCGCAUGAAGGGGGCGCCGCAGAGCCACGAGGCCAAAGACGGCUCUGAGCAUCAGCCGGCCCCGCUCUCUCUGCUGCACCUCUCCAUCCCCCCGGCGCUGUCCGCUGCCGACGGCAACCACGCUGUCAUGGAGACCGUCACCGCCCUGCCGCCUCCGCCUGCUGCUGUCGUCAUGGCAACGGGGGAGCCGGUACAGAGGCCGGUGAACCAGAACCCUAACCCUGUGCGGAAGAACCACGCCUGUGAGACGUGCGGGAAAGCCUUCAGGGACGUGUACCACCUGAACCGCCACCGGCUGUCUCACUCGGACGAGAAGCCCUUCUCCUGCCCCAUCUGCCAGCAGCGCUUCAAGCGUAAGGACCGUAUGAGCCACCACGUCCGGUCUCACCAGGGCGGCGUGGAGAAGCCCUACGUCUGUCCACACUGUGCUAAAGCCUUCUCACGGCCCGAUCAUCUCAACAGUCACGUCCGGCAGGUCCAUUCUUCAGAACGACCCUUCAAAUGUCCGACGUGUGAGUCGAGCUUCGCCACACGGGACCGUCUCCGAGCUCACAUGAUCCGACAUGAAGAGAAGGUUCCGUGUCAUAUCUGUGGAAAACUGCUGUCUGCGGCCUACAUCACAGAUCACAUGAGAGUACACAACCAAUCACAGCAUCACUCCUGCCACCUCUGCAACCGCAGUUUCACCACCCUGACGUACCUGAGGGUCCACGCUCAGAAGCACCACGGCCAGGAGUGGAAGGAGAGCGGCUCGGGCCCCGGGGCCGUGCUCGUCUGUCAGCUGUGCGGCGUUCACUGCAAGACCCCCACGCAGCUGCAGGGCCACAUGAACACCCACAACCCCAGCGAGCCGGGCCCCGGGGCCCCCGGAGGCCCCAGCAGCAGCGAGGCCAGCACCGUCACGCUCUGCAGCAUGGUGUCGGCCCCUGCGGUGUUCGUGAGCGGGAACACGGUGGUGGACCUGCUGGUGACCGACUGCUCCAGCAUCAUCCCUCAGCCGCAGAGCUAGCGGAGCAGGCCUGUAGCACACACGCUAGCCACACACACACACACACACACACACACACACACACACACACACACACCCCGACGCAUGACCCAUACACUCUAAACACACCGAGGGCACCAGUGUAACCCAUUACUAAUUUUCAGGAAUAGAGUUUUCAGGAAUAUUAGUCACUCUUUUUCUUUGUCCCCUGCUGUCCAGUGAUCUAGAUUUCUUGCUCAGACUCUCCGAGUCAGCAGCGCUGCAGGAAUAUGACAGAACUUACUUUCAGCGGAUAGAAAUAUUAGCAUUGCAUUGAUUUUUGUCCGAAGAAAAGAUGAUUACUUUGACGCUGCAUUACUUUACAUCCCUCUCAGACUGAUAGAAAACUCUUUGAUCAAAUACAUCAUGAGAUAUAAUCCUGUGAGGACUUAUAGCUACACGGGACUAUUAAUGAGAUGAACACAACACUUAAACGUUACUGUUAAUAACUUGAGAUCUAAUGUGAAUCUGUUCCAACGAUGAGGCAGAAAUAUAUUGUUGGUAACAUUUUAUGGAGAAGAUAUGCAACUUGUGUGCGGCGGGAAACUAGUAGAGUAACUUAUUACUGUUACUGUAAUGAUGAAAGGAGUAACUAGUAAAGAGUAAUACACUAAUGAGGCCAUCAGUGAUACACACACACACACACACACACACACACACAGACACACACACACACUCACAGCACACACACACACACACACACUCACUCUCACACAC